CUGCGGGGACGCGCCCGGGCACCUCGCGGCCGCGGUGCAGGCCGGCGGCGCGGGCAGCCCAGCGGGCGCGUGAGGCCAGAGGGGCCGGAGGCGGCGGGCGCCCAAGUUACGGGCUCCGGCGCUGCUCCCCACCCCCCACCGCCGGGCUCCCUCCGGCCGAGCCCCCGCGGGCCCGCCCCCCCGGGCUCGCUCCGGGCGGGGCGCGAACCCGCAGCCCGCGCGGCCGCACAACUUCGCCGGGCCCAGGCGGUGGCCCAGAGUCCGGGCUCCGCCGCAACCGGUGGCUCCGGCCUCCCCCGGCGCUUCGGCUCCAGAGCUCGGCGCCGCCGCCGCCCGACCCCCCGCGCGGACCUGGUCAGCGUCCUGAGGCCGCCCGGCAGGAAGAUUCUGGGACCGUCUCUUGGAUUUCUAAGGAUCAGAAUUUGCUCAGCGCCCUCAACCAUCUUGGUUUCAGUUGUCAUUUAAGCUUAUUUGGCUGUUCGCUGUCCUCUGCACUUGUCCAGUACCGUCUGUGGCUGAUACAACAGGACUCGGAGUAGCAGACCGUCGGAUGCCCACUGGACAGGAACUUGAAACUUCAGAUCAUCUUCGUAUCAAAGCAGAGCCCUCAGCCCACUUGUUACUUGGGAAGAGAUAGCCCAUGUGCUGUGGAGAUGAGCGGGGAGCAGCAGCCUGAUGCAGAUCUUGGGUCUGGUGUAGAAGAAGUAGAGUUCAACUGGGAAGAUUAUCUGGAAGAGACAGGCUCCACCACUGUUCCCUAUGCAUCAUUUAAACAUGUGGACAUACGCUUGCAAAAUGGAUUUGCUCCUGGGAUGAAGCUAGAGGUGGCUGUGAAAACAGACCCUGAAACUUACUGGGUUGCCACCGUCAUCACUGCCUGUGAGCAGUUGCUCCUGCUCCGUUAUGAAGGCUAUGGGGAAGACCGGAAAGCAGACUUCUGGUGUGAUAUCAGGAAAACUGGCCUCUAUCCCAUUGGGUGGUGUCGGCAGAAUAAGAAGACCCUUGAAGCUCCAGAAGGCAUCAAAAAUAAAGUAUCUGAUUGGGAUGCAUUUCUACAGCAGACCCUGAUAGGAGCCUUCAGUCCUCCUGUAUCUCUGCUAGAGGGCCUCCGAAAUGGAAGGAACCCUUUAGAUCUCAUUGCUCCGGGAUCCAGACUAGAGUGCCAAGCUUUUCGGGACACUUUGAGCACUUGGAUUGUCACUGUUGUGGAGAACAUUGGGGGACGGCUGAAGCUGCGCUAUGAAGGACUUGAAAGUUGUGAUGGCUUUGAACACUGGUUGUAUUACCUAGAUCCAUUUCUUCAUCACAUUGGCUGGGCUGCUCAACAAGGAUAUGAACUCCAGCCCCCAAUAGCCAUCAGGCAUCUGAAAAAUGAAGCUGACUGGCAAGAGAUUCUGGCCAAAGUGAAAGAGGAAGAACCAUUACCCUCUUACUUAUUUAAGGAUAAGCAAGUUAUUGGAACUCAUGAAUUUUCUGUAAAUAUGAAAUUGGAAGCUGUGGACCCAUGGUCUCCUUUUGGGAUUUCUCCUGCUACAAUUGCUAAGGUUUUUGAUGAUAAGUACUUUCUAGUGGAAAUGGAUGACCUUCGACCAGAAGACCAUACAAGGCGAUCAUUUGUGUGCCAUGCUAACAGUCCUGGCAUUUUUCCUGUGCAGUGGAGUCUAAAGAAUGGUUUACAUAUCAGCCCUCCUCCAGGCUUCCGGAGCCAGGACUUUGACUGGGCCGACUACCUCAAACAGUGCGGUGCAGAAGCUGCUCCCCAGAAGUGCUUCCCUCUGUCAAUCUCUGAGCACCAGUUUAAAGAGAACAUGAAGCUGGAGGCGGUGAACCCUCUUCUCCCUCAAGAAGUGUGCAUUGCCACCAUUACUGCAGUCAGAGGCUCCUAUCUGUGGCUCCAGCUGGAAGGUUCUAAGAAGCCUAUACCCGAAUUUAUUGUAAGUGUGGAGUCAAUGGAUAUUUUUCCUUUGGGCUGGUGUGAAUCCAAUGGCCAUCCUCUCAGUAUUCCUCGACGGGCACGAGUGCACAAACAGAGGAAAAUUGCAGUGGUUCAACCAGAAAAACAAAUACUGUCUUCAAGAACUGUCCAUGAGGGCCUGAAGAAUCGGCUGAACGCCAACCACUCAGUGAUGAUCAAUGGAAAAUAUUGUUGUCCAAAGAUAUACUUCAACCACCGUUGCUUCUCAGGGCCAUAUCUUAAUAAGGGAAGAAUUGCUGAGCUGCCUCAAUGUGUAGGACCUGGGAACUGUGUUCUGGUACUUAGAGAGGUCCUCACUUUACUUAUCAAUGCAGCUUACAAACCCAGCCGCGUCCUUCGUGAGCUCCAGUUGGACAAAGAUUCUGUGUGGCAUGGAUGUGGGGAAAUCCUAAAAGCCAAAUAUAAAGGAAAGAGUUAUCGAGCUACUGUUGAGAUAGUGAAAACAGCAGAUCGAGUGACUGAAUUCUGCCGGCAAACAUGUAUCAAACUGGAAUGUUGUCCCAACCUCUUUGGUCCACGGAUGGUUCUGGAUACAUGUUCUGAGAACUGUUCUGUUCUUACAAAGACCAAAUACACACACUAUUAUGGAAAGAAGAAAAAUAAAAGAAUUGGGAGGCCACCCGGUGGGCAUAGUAAUUUGUCGUGUGCCAUGAAAAAAGCUAAUAAGAGGAGAAAAAGGCGGAAAAAUAUUUUUGUUCAUAAGAAGAAACGCUCUUCUGCAUCUGUUGACAAUACACCAGUGGGCUCACCACAGGGAAGUGGGGGUGAAGAUGAGGAUGAUGCAGACGAUGGAGAUGAUGAUUCCCUAAGUGAGGACAGUACAUCUGAGCAACAGGAAGAGUUACAGGAAGAGGCAGAAGUGUCAGAAAAAAAAUCAUGCUCUUCUUCUCCCACCCAGAGUGAGAUGUCCACCCCAGCGCCCCCAGCGCCCCCAGCGCCUCCACCGCCCCCACCGCCCCCACCGCCCCCACCACCCCCACCACCGCCCCCACCGCCCCCACCGCCCCCACCGCCUCCACCGCCUCCGGACACACAGACGAAUAAAAGAGAAGUCCGCACUCUUUCAUUCUCAGAUGUUGAAAAUAAACCUCCUUCACCAAAGGAAAUAAGGAUUGAAGUUGAUGAACGGCUUCACCUGGAGAGUAACCCACUGAAGUGGAGUGUGGCAGAUGUUGUGCGGUUCAUCAGGUCCACUGACUGUGCUCCAUUGGCAAGAAUAUUCCUUGACCAGGAAAUCGACGGGCAGGCCCUUUUGCUUCUUACCCUUCCCACUGUUCAAGAAUGCAUGGACUUAAAGUUGGGUCCUGCCAUCAAGCUUUGCCAUCACAUAGAGAGGAUCAAGUUUGCCUUUUAUGAGCAGUUUGCCAACUGAGAAGGACAAACAGAGUGAGCUGGGUCUUUGAAGCACAGUGCAGCAAACCCUUUGCCCUGCUCUACAGGCGGUUGCAGUAGUCCUGGGGCUGUCGGCCCUGCAAGUGUUGGCUUGCUUUCUUUGCACUUUCAGGGAAGAAGGACCUACACUGAGGAAGCAAAAACAGCACAAAAAUGGCUCUCCUGCAGUGGAAAUAUGGACUUCUGGUCAGAAGAUUACAGUUAUUAAAAAAAAAAAGUUGUGAGAAAAACCUUAAAAAUACAAAUUCUCACUAAUGGGACCUGAAAACAAAGAAUGAUCUUGACAGCUGGACAGCACCAGUUUGGUUAUUUUCAUUCUGUUUUUUCCCAACAUGAGUUAAACUUUGUUCUCUGCCUUCUCUUUCUUGAAAAGAGAGGACAUAGCUUUAAGUCGGCACUGAUUUGGGACUGUGCCUAAGGCACGUCAGUGCUUCAUUGUCAUUGUGUUUUUAAGCUUUCUAAAAAUUAAAGCAGUUGAUUUUGGGGAUAAUUAUGUGGCUCUAGGGUUUUGAAUGUAUAGUCACUUUGAUCCAUUUUAAAAUCUAUUCUUAGGAGUUCCUUUGUUUACUACCUCUGUUGAUGACUGCGCUUACAGCCAUGAGUGACAUUUUUUUUUUGUAUGAUGUCAUUUUUAAGCCGAAUGCUAAAAUUAUGACAAAAAUUAGAGAAGGCACUGCCUGCUUUCUUAAAGAUAUCAUGUUGGCAUUUACACCACCAGUCCCUUAAUGGAUUUUUCCUAAGAAUUCUACCAUUGUGUUCUCCAUCUUAACCUAGUUUUGGCCACCUUUGUUAAGUGACUUCACAAAGACCAAUGUAUGAUAUUUCAGUUUAAUUAUUCUCUCACUCUUUCUUCUUAAGUGGCUUUCAUUUUAUGUUUUAUUUUUCUGUAGAGUUGUUUAACUACCUCUUUUAUUUCUGGAGUUUCUACUCUCAAGGAAAAUCAGUAUGUGUUCUUUGGACCCAAUGUCAAGCACAUUUUCCUGAUUUUCUAGAAAUGUCCACGUAGAGACACACAGUAGAGAGAUGUGGCUUUGGGGAUGGCACAAAGUAUGAAGUUUUUAGUCGUGUCCUUGGUGAUGAAUACUGAGAGGCAGUUAAGAGUCUACGACAACACUGCCCCAAAUGUUCCAGAUCUUGUAUCUGGAAAGCUAAGCAGAGCUGGGGCCUGGUUGGAACUUGGAUGGGAGAGGUGGUUAAAGAGUCUGGAAAUCUCUGUCUAGCCACUUUUAUGCCUGUCUUCAGUUAAACCAAUUAAAUGAAUGUAACUACAGUCUGAGGAUUCCCACUCAGUAGCUCAUAGUUUUGGAAAAAAAAAAAAAAAAUUUUUUUUUUUUUAAAUUAAACUCACGUUGACAUGAAACUCCAGGUGAAUUUUCACUUACAAUGGCAUUGUUAGCUAAUAUAGAAGAAUAGCACUUGCUAUACUAUAGUCAUGAGUAAGGAAGGACAUAUACACAGGUUGCCUCCUUUAAAUGUUUUGCUUGUUGAUUAUUUAUUUAUUUAUUUAUUUUUGGGUUGCCCUAAUCCCUACAGAUUUAUACCCUAAGAAUUUUUUCUCAAGAAAUGAAAAUGUUUUAAAAUUGCAAACUGAGUAAAUUCUGAACAGCUAUACAAAUAUAAGGUAAUAUUAUUACAAAUUUAAAUUGUGAUUUUUUUUUUUUUUUCUUUUCUCACCUCAACCCCCACUUGUUUUUAUGAGCACUAGGGAAGUCUGUAGUCUGGAUCCUCCUCUUCAUUGGCGAAUUCUUGAACCACUUUAACUCAGCCCUCCAAACAACUCUUAGAGUAAUACUCUUUCCAUAGGUUGCCAACAGUGUAUCUGAGAAGAAGCUUCAUUUAAGUAACAGUUCACUUUAUUUGAGCUUACUUAGAGAUCCAGCUUUUAAAAGUGUGGUUCAUUCAUGCUAUGGGAGAGAAACAUUCUUGACUUAGGAAACAAGCUGACUUAGAGUGGUUCUUAUUUCCUGAGACCUCAGCAGUCAAGUCACUAAUACAAAGGGGAGUCUCAUAAGGACAUAACAUAAAACUUAGGCCUGUAGGGUCUCACAUAGUAAAAUGAAGGGUGACCGCAAUGACUGCCAUUUUACCUCUCUUCUUGGCUCAAAGAUCACAGACUGUAGAACUAUCAGAGAUGACAGGUAUUGUGCCUGGAAGGCGAAGCACAUGGGUCUAACUUGUCCUCAGUGUGUGUGGGGAGCAGACACACGGCAGCCUUGUCUGAUUGUACCAUAACUAUUCAGCCUCUGUGUUCUCCUGUAGAAAGGCCAGCCAUAAGGUAGACAACUGAAGGCUCUCCUAAAUAUUUCUUGCAUUCUUACAAUCACAUUAAAGAAGAAUCAUUCUACCCCAUCCUCUUCCCAGUUGUCACACACAAGAGUAUAAUUAUAUGAGAAUUUUGCAGAGGACUUUUUAAAGUAUAAAAUUCUAAUCCUAAACUGUGUAUGGUGAUAACAUACCUUUUAUCCCAGCACUUGGGAAGUGGAAAUAAGAAUGAGAAGUUUAAGAUCCAUAGUGAAUUCUGGCUAGCCUGGGCUAUAUGAGACUGACUUUAAAAAACAAUAUUCCAUUUAACAGGGGUUAGGCUGGGUAGCAAUGAUGGUUCAGUUAUGAUGCUGAGAUGUUAUUGUUUUGUGUUGUUUUGUUUUCCAGAGGCAGGGUUUCUCUGUGUAACUUUGGAUGUCUGAACCAGCCAGGCUGGCCUCGAACUCACAGCAGUCUGCCUGCCUCUGCCUCUGAGUGCUGGGCUCUAAGGUGUGCCCACUACACCAGUAAGAUGUUUUAAGCUUGAUAAUAGCUUGCAUUGUUGGGGUCAGCAGUUUAUAUGUUGCACAUUUGUGUGUGAAUCCUGUUUCUGAGAAAGCCAACCUCAAAAACAUUUUAGAGAUAUGAUGUAAGGAGACUAUUUGUCUGGAGCUCACCUGCAGUCAUUCUCAUAGCUUUCCUGUAGUCAGGUUCUUUGUGAUUCAUCUUUAACCUGGGCUGACAAACUUAGAAACACAUGAAUGGACUAUAUUAUCCUUCUAGAUGUGAAAAGUUAAACUGACCAAAACCAAACUUUAUAGCUAUGUUUGUCUUCCAGGGAAACCUUCAGCUCUGUGUGCAGCUCAGCUCUGAUGUUUUAAUUCUGUCUGCUGUUUUCCUUUGUGAACCAUCCUCUUCAAACAGGGGAUGCAUUAAUGAAGCCUUUUAAUUCUGUCUUUAGCCUUUCUUUAGCAAUGUUUGUGGCUCUUUGUGUUUAUAAUAUGGGUCCAGGAAGGGUACUAGCCAACCUAGUACCCUGGAAAUGAAGAUCUUAGUAAAUAUUUAUUGAAUUAUGUUAGGGGCAGCAUAAAAAAAAAAAUCAGUUCAUAGCUUGACCUUUGUAUGUCUCUUCUCCUAGAAGUAAAAUUAUUUUCACUGUGAGGGAAAGGGCAUUAGACCAAAGCUUUCUGAAGACUUGAAUACAUUUUACAUGCUCUUUAGAACCAAUUUAGCUACUAAUGUCAUGCCUGAAUGCUGCUUAGGGCAGGUAGGACUCAAAACACCCCACCCCUCUCAACCAACACUGUUUCCAGGAGACGCAGAACAUUAGAGAGUCUAAAUCAAAGGUAACAGCAGUGUAAAACCUAUUGUAAAAUCAUUGUUAAAAACUAUCCCUGAUUCUCCUUCUUACUUGGCACCUCUCACCAAAAGUUUACAUUGAAGAGAUCCUUGUCCAGUUAGACCGACUGCCAACAGUGCUGGGAGAGUCUUUAUACUGUGGAUACACACAGUUUGAAUGCCUUAGAUACUGGGUGUGCAAAUUCACGCAAGUCCCUAAGUGUUCUUUUUAUGAAUAAGAUGUGUGUUGUCCUUAUGAAGGGAAGAAGGGAAACGGCUAACGACAGUGAAGUAGAGAACCUGGGCAAACAAGAUAUUCCCAUUGUGACUUUGGAUUUCUUUGGCACUAGGACCUUUGUAAGUUGCUGUAUCUUGUGGCCAUGAUGUCUGCUCAGAAACUCUGUAAGGACAGAGCCUCCUGUACAACCAAGAAGUAAUGGUCACUUUCCUGCCAUUGGCUUUAUUCACUUUAAAUGUUUUAUUCAUGAAUUUUGAUGAUUGCUUUGUAUGAGAAUGUAAAUACUUGGGGAAUUUGAAUUUAUCAUAAAAAGCUACCUAUUGACCUGGAGUUUAGUUCUAAGAAUUCUGAACUCAAAGUCCAGUCAAAAUGGAUCUGGUUCCCAGUGCACUCAAUUGUGGUUGUUUCCCUUGGUGCUUGUCUUCAGCCAUGUGGGUAACUGUGCUCUGGGAGCAGCCUUAACUAUGAGGCAUAGAGGUAGUGGGUGUUAAAUGCAAUGUGUAUUGAUUUUCUUGCUGCUGUGUUUAAGAAGUCAAAUUUCCACAAGAAUCAGCAAAAUUAGAAGUGAAGGGGGAUAAAAAAGAAGGUCUAAAACUCUCCUAAUGCUUUUUCUGACUAGCUUGGUAUGGUACUGUGGCCUACCACAGUGAAGCAUUGUGAAAGAGACAAGCAACAGAUUCACUAGACAGUUGUCUAGGAAAUUGUCUGCAGUAAGUUGUCUGCAGUAAAGUGCAGAACUGAGCCACUGGAAGAAGGGAAGCUGCUGACAGUGAAACAGUGUCACCAUUGCUGACACGUGUGAGAGGAACUGUUUUCAGGAUGUGUGGAAUCUCAGGCAUGAGGGUUCCUAUAUGGGCUAUUCUGUCAAACUAUGUCUAGCUGGCAGAAUAGGUGGUCACAUGAUGUUGAAGGUUAUAGACUUUAAAGGCAACUAAAGUCACAAAGCAGGCGCUUAGUGGAGGAUACAGAAGGUUACAAAGCUUAGGCUAAGAUGAAGCAAGCAUCUCUAGUUCCCUUUGUAAGAAUCUCUGGGAAGAUAGUUUGGAUGUUUCUCUUGAGAUUCUAAGUGCUCAUGGUUUUCUCUCACCUCCCUCCUUUUUUGGUUGAACUUUCUCUAAAGACAAUCAAAGGCCUGCCAGGAUGGGACUCCAGACUGGUUCCAGCACCCUCCUUAAACCCCUCUCUAAUGCUUAAAAGUAAUGCACUUUGUUUAAUGUAUUUUGUCUUAAAAAAAAAAAAAAAAAAAAAAAAAACCAAGUUGCUUAUUUGGAACAAAAAUGAGAUGCUUUUGGCAUUGUAUUCUUCCUGCUUACUGUUUUUCUUAAUUUAAAAAUUUAUGCAUUGAUGACAAAGUACACUUAAGGAGAAAUAUGCACAAGAAUAUCGAUUAAAUUAACUCCCAUCAAGUUUGAUGGUUAUAAUUUUAAAGGAUUAAAAACAGAACAAAACUAUUUUGAAUGAAUAUAUGCGUGCUUUUCUUUCUUUUUGGCAAAUAAGUUUAUCGUAACUUGUGAUAUGACAGUUUUAAGUGGUUGUGAGAAAAUUAAACAAGUAUUAAUCUGUCUGACUUUAUAGUAAUAAAGGCUUUUGGCUAGAGCACAUUCUUCCAAACUCUUUCUAGUGGGGCCUCAGAGAAUCAUUUUUGAAAUGGGUAAGAGAGGUCCUUCCUACUUAAAUAAAAUUCUGGAAUCCACUCCCA